AUGAACAAGAUUGCCUUCGAUGCGCUACGCAACGGCGCGGCAACGAUGAAGAAGGAGCAGAAUAACAUGAAGUUAGAAGACAUCGACAAUGUCAUGGACGAUGUACAGGAGCAGAUGGAGGUGGCCGAUGAGAUAGGCCAGGCCCUGGCUCAG